UAUUCACUUAACCCCCUCUCAACUUGCACUCUUCCAUUUAUUUCCCAUUCCGAAAAACAUAACAAUCAUUUGAACUUCAAAACAAGCCCUCCUCUUGACAAUGUGUUCCUCCAAGUCCAAACUUCAACAAACGACCACUCCCUCUUUUGAUCUCAAUGGUCGUCCUGUCCUUCAGCCGAAUCAAGUCCCGCUGCUCGAACGUCGAAUAUCGUCGAAAAAAUCCGUUACACCACCUAAAAUUCAGCCUCUGCGCCCUCCCCAUAGUAAUGUGACUAGUCCAAAACUAAGGCCUUUUGUGACCACUCCACCUAUGUCUCCGAAGCUGAAAUCGCCUCGACAGCCUGCGAUUAAACGAGGGAAUGACCCGAAUGGACUUAAUUCUAGCGUUGAGAAGCUGGUUUUGACACCCAAGAGUGAUCCGAAGGCUAGGAUUCCUGUGAAGAAGUCAAAGACCGAGACGGCUUGUGUUGACACUAGCACAUUGAAUUAUGUUUCGUCUUGUAUAGUCGAGGCUCCUGGAAGUAUUGCAGCGGCUAGGAGGGAGCAAGUGGCGAAUUUGCAAGUGCAGAGAAAAAUGAAGAUUGCUCAUUAUGGAAGGUCAAAGUCUGCGAAAUAUGACCCCUACCUGAACCUCAAUGAUAAUAUUGAGCCAACUCUUAAUGUCACAGAGGAUAAAAGAUGCAGUUUCAUUACACCUAAUUCAGACCCGAUUUAUGUUGCUUACCAUGAUGAAGAAUGGGGAGUUCCCACCCAUGAUGACAAGGUGCUGUUUGAAUUGUUAGUGCUAACUGGUGCACAAGUUGGAUCAGAUUGGACUUCAGUCCUAAAGAAAAGACAGGAAUUCAGAGAUGCUUUCUCAGAAUUUGAUGCAGAAAUUGUCUCUAAAUAUUCAGAAAAGAAAAUUACAUCAAUCAGUGCUGAGUAUAACAUAGAGUUAAGGCUAGUCAGAGGAGUUGUAGACAAUUCUAACAGAAUUCUUCAGAUUAAGAAGGAAUUUGGGUCAUUUGACAAAUAUCUAUGGGGAUUUGUCAACAACAACCCUAUUGUCACACAAUACAAAUUAUGCAACAAAAUGCCUGUCAAAACUUCAAAAUCAGAGGGCAUUAGCAAAGACAUGGUCAAGAGAGGAUUCCGAUUAGUCGGACCCACUGUUCUACACUCCUUCAUGCAGGCAGCUGGACUCACCAUCGACCACCUCAUCACCUGCCCGCGCCACCUUCAAUGCACUGCGCUGGCUCAGAGACGCGCCACCGUGGCACCAGCUCUAUGAAGUUGUCAUUCACAUGGCAAACAAGAAUGGCUAUUAAUUUUAGUAAUCACAAGAUUAUAACACUAAUAGUUUCUUAAUUGUUAGGUAAUUUUCCAGCUAGGAACUUGAAGAUAAUGUCUAGGUUGUGUGAAGGUGUGAUGUUUUAUUAUAUGUUGUUGUAAGAUAUUAUACUCAACAGCAGUGAUUUUUAGAAGGAGUUUAAGAUAGAAGAGCAUGUGCAGGUGGGCAGAAAAAACUGGGACAGAAGCAUGUGUUUGGUGCAUAUGCCAUUCACUUUGCUUUGUGACCACCACCUCUUCUCCAUUAUUUGAUGGCUUUUUAACAGGUUGUGUGAAAAAGAAUCAAAUGUGAUCAAGAUAAGGCAAUUUGUGAUUUUCUUCACACCCAUAAUAUGGAUAACAAUGGGUGUAGCAUAAUCUAGAGUGGAGGGUUUUGAGUGUUUUUGUGUUUUUUUAGGAGUUUGAGCAUUGGAUUGUAUCAUUAUUGACUGUGGGGUGCUUGGUAUAUAUUUGAUUGAGCAGAUGUAAAUAUACUUUGACACUUUCUUUGUGCA